GCCAACUUCUCUCGGCAAUUUCACCCCCGUUCCUCCCUACACACGACGUUCUAGUUCUCGACUAGCUGUGCACGUAGUUUUGACCUUUGAAGGAUCAAACGCACACUCGGACGAGACCCUCUUCGCAAGCCCCAGUUUGUGUUGAGUACCCCCAGGACGUUCGAACCAUCACACCGCCGAUCGUAGCCGCACCCCUUUUUUUUGCCCUCCAACCGACGACCAGUAGCCCCUUCCUUGGGACUCUCUGAUACUCGUACCCCCUGCGGAGACACAGCCUAACCUUGUGACCGUUGCACAAAGCGUUUGAGCCUUCUUCCGUCUUCCUCCGACGACUUUAGCAAGCACCAAGCCGUUGCUUCGACCACCCACAUUGUUCGCCUGGUGUGUUUUUUGGCCCGAAGCGACCCUUUUUGCCCCUGUCGCGCCCACUCCCCCCUCCGCACACACACACCGCCGCCGCACACGUCGAGACUCUGCACGUAGACCAUGACGAGUGUUGUGACGCCGAUGAACCCCGCCAGCGAGAGCAACUCGUACGGUACCAACAAGCGCAAGCGGCGCCGCCAGAACGAGACCAAGGCGCACCGUUCUCAGGAAAAGAAGCGCCGUCAGCUGAUCAACGGUUCGAUUGUCCGGCUCAAGGAGCUUGUUCCGUACUGCGAGGGCAAGCGGACGACGAUCAUCAACGUGCUCUCUGCAACGGAGAAGUACGUGGCUGAGCUCAAGGAUCGUGAGCAGGCGCUCCAGGACGAGGUCUUCCGCCUCCGCGCUGCUCUGGGCAUGGGCUCAUCGCUCGGACCGCUCGCGCCGCUCGACACGUCUGCGAUUGCACCGAUGCCGACCAAGAUGCCGACACCGUCUGCCAUGUCGUCGUCGACGUCUGCGUCGUCGUCGGGCUCGCGGUCGCUCUCGUCGGAGCCGAUGGCCGUUCCUUCGGCCGUCCCGCACUACACACCGGCGCCGGCGAUGCUCAACGGGUCGCCACCACUCGCGCUGGCCACGCCGAUGGACCCCUCGCCGUACGCGCACCUCGCCACGCCGCCGGUGCUCUCGUCGGCGUUCUUUGGCAACUACGACAAGCCGCUCUCGGGCUCGCCGUCGCCGACCCAGCCGUUUGCCGCCGCCCACGCCCUCUCGCCCGCAGACAUCCAGGCCGCGCUGGCCAAGACCGCCCUCCCGCCGCUGGACAGCCUCGCCUUUGUCCCGCCCACUCCGCCGCCGUCGCAUGACUCGGCUGAGGCCCAAGCCUUCGACUUUCUCCAGUCUCAGGACACAAUUUUGUUUCCUCCGCUGAUCUGAGACUGAGAGCGAUGUCCCCCCCUCUUUACCUUGCUCCCCAGGCUGGAGCCCUCUUUAUCUUCGACUCUCUUUUCUCUCAACUCGGACCCUCGGGAUCUCGCCCGCCUCGCAUUGCAUCUUUAUCUUUCCCUCUCUUUACCUUUGAUGCGAAGCAGGCGAGCCCCGGGUGGACGUCACACUGUGAAUCCGCCUCCUCGAACUGCCUACGCCUUGGCGUCGUCUGGAUCGUCCUUGCCUUGCCCGCCGCUUCCUCGUCUCGAAAGAGACCAGGCAGCGACUGGCAGGGAUACGUGGCGAACAGCGGUACUGGCUAGGCUCUCGAGCGUGUGCGCAUCGCGGUGCUUCACGAGCAACCAUGCACCUCUGGUGUGCAGGCUCGCUGUGAAGCCGUCCGGUGUCUGAAAAACAUGCACAUCAAACCAGUUACAAGCCCAA